UGAUAUUCUCUAUAAAUAAUCUUCGUUUUUUUGUAUAGAUUUAGUUUCGAACAAGAAACUCCAUUACAAAAUUUUAAUAAAUUUGCUACAGCAUUAAUUACCGUCUUUCAAAUUUUAACUGGUGAAGAUUGGAAUGAAAUAAUGUAUAAUGGAAUUAAAUCACAAGGAGGUGCAAAUGGUAAAGGAAUGAUCUACUCACUUUAUUUCAUUAUACUUGUCUUGUUUGGCAAUUAUACAUUAUUGAAUGUGUUUUUGGCUAUUGCUGUUGAUAAUUUAGCUAAUGCACAUGAAUUAACAAAAGAUGAAGAAGAAGAACAAGCAGCAGAAGAAGAAAAACGUGAACGUGAAACAAAAGAUGUUGAAUUAAUGUUUAAAUUAGGUUCACCACCGCCACCAACAGAUACAACGACAACAACACCGAAUUUAAAAAUGAAAAAACCAGAACAAGAAUCAAUGACAGCUAAAAAUAAUCUUCAACAAACAACAAAAAAAGAGUAUGUUGAUAAUGCAGUUAAAACAGCUUUUGAUCUUCAAACAACACCACAACAACAGCAAUCAUUAAGUUCAAGAGCUAAUAACGAUUUUCUAGAUAGACAAUUAUUUGAAAAAGCUGAUUUAGAUUAUAUACCUGGUCUAGAUUAUGAUCUUGGUCCAGUUUAUCUUCCGACUUCAUUGGAUAAAUUACCAGCACUUGAUGAUUCAGCUGCAGCUGUAAAAGCUCGUGCUGAUGAAGAAGCAAAGAGAAAAGCUGCAGCUGCUGCAGCUGAAGCGGAAGCUAAGAAAAAAGAACAGGCAUCACGCACUGUUAAACCUAUUCUUCCAUAUAGUUCACUAUUUAUUUUCAGCAGUACUAAUCCUAUUCGUCGAUUUUGUCAUUUUAUUGUUACUCUUCGUUAUUUUGAAUUACUUAUUAUGAUUGUCAUAUGUCUUAGUUCCAUAUCAUUAGCUGCUGAAGAUCCUGUAAAUGAAAAUUCAAUGCGUAAUAUUGUACUUAACUAUGUUGAUUAUGCAUUUACAGGCGUAUUUACAGUUGAAUUAUUGCUCAAAAUUGUCGAUUUAGGUGUUAUAUUUCAUGAAGGAGCAUAUUGUCGUGAUGUAUGGAAUUUACUUGAUGCACUUGUUGUUAUUUGUGCAUUAGUUGCUUUUGGUUUUACAGAAAAUGGAGCUGGAAAAAAUUUAAAUACAAUUAAAUCAUUACGUGUUCUUCGUGUAUUACGUCCAUUAAAAACUAUUAAUCGUGUACCAAAAUUAAAAGCCGUAUUUGAUUGUGUUAUUACAUCAUUAUCUAAUGUUUUAACUAUAUUAAUUGUUUAUAUGUUAUUUCAAUUUAUUUUUGCUGUUAUUGCUGUACAAUUAUUUAAAGGAAAAUUUUAUCGAUGUUCUGAUUUAUCCAAAGUAACACCGGACGAAUGCAAAGGAUAUUAUUUUGAUUUUGGUACUGGUAAAAAUAAACCUGAUCGACGAAGAAGAAUAUGGGAUCCAUAUGAUUUUACAUAUGAUAGUGUACCACAAGCUAUGUUAACUUUAUUUACUGUACAAACAGGGGAAGGAUGGCCAACUGUAUUACAACAUUCAAUUGAUGCGACUGGUAUUAAUCGUGGACCUCAACCUGGUCAUCGACUUGAAAUAGCUGUUUUUUAUGUUGUUUAUUUUAUUGUAUUUCCAUUUUUCUUUGUUAAUAUUUUCGUCGCCUUAAUUAUUAUUACAUUUCAAGAUCAAGGACAAAAAGAAUUAGAAGAAGCCGAAAUUAAUAAAAAUCAAAAAUCAUGUAUUGAUUUUGCAUUAAAUGCCAUACCAAUACAACGAUGUAAACCAAAACAAGAAGGUUCAUUACGUUAUCGUAUUUGGCAAUUAUGUACUUCAUCCUAUUUUGAAUUUUGUAUUAUGGUUAUGAUAGCAUUAAAUACUUGUGUACUCAUGGCUAAAUAUUAUCGAAGUCCAUCGACGUACAAUGAUGUAUUAACAUAUGCCAAUACAACAUUUACUGCUCUAUUUACUGUUGAAAGUAUUCUUAAAAUUAUCGCAUUCGGCUUAAGAAAUUAUUUUCGUGAUAAAUGGAAUGCCUUUGAUUUUAUUACAGUACUUGGUAGUAUUGCUGAUGUACUUGUUACUGAAUUUCGAUUAACUAAAGCGAAUGUUGCUCUAACAACUGGCCCACAAAAACAUAAAAAUACAUUACUCAAUUUGGGUUUUCUCCGUUUAUUUCGUGCUGCUCGUUUAAUCAAACUCCUUCGUCAAGGUUAUACUAUUCGAAUUUUAUUAUGGACAUUUAUGCAGUCAUUUAAAGCACUGCCAUAUGUUUGCUUAUUAAUUGCAAUGCUCUUUUUCAUUUAUGCUAUAAUUGGCAUGCAGGUUUUUGGAAAUGUUCUUCAUGAGUCGGCUAGAUCCGAGAUAAGUCGACACAAUAAUUUUUCAAAUUUUUUCUAUGCUUUACUGCUCUUGUUCAGAUGUGCAACAGGUGAAAGUUGGCAAGCUGUUAUGUUAGCAUGUAAAUCUGGUGCUGACUGUCAAUCACCAUAUAGUAAUAGACAUUAUCAACAUACUGGUGUAGCAACAACAUCAUCUUAUCAUCUAUCAGCACAUUCGAAAAGUGGAAAUAAUCCGAAAUGUGGAUCAGAUUUUGCAUAUCUUUAUUUCUGUUCAUUUGUUUUUCUUUCAUCAUUUCUAAUGUUAAAUUUAUUCGUUGCGGUUAUUAUGGAUAAUUUUGAUUAUUUAACUCGAGAUUCAUCGAUAUUAGGCGCACAUCAUUUAGAUGAAUUUCUUCGAGCUUGGUCAGAAUAUGAUCCAGAUGGAACGUAUGUAUCUUUCGGAGA